CCACCUUGCUUGGUAGUACGGACAAUGUCCCCCGGCCAUUACGUUGAGUACCCGUCGCUGUGUGUCAGCGCAGUCUAAACAUUUUUCGCUUGGUGCCGAACAAAAACCGCUUGGAUUGUGGAAUAAAAUAAAAAAGCUUCAUGGAAUCAUCCACAUCCAAAAUGGAUCAGUUCAAAAAUAUAAACCACCAGAUGCACACCAUCUGUACCACAGGGUUCGAACGCUUGCGCGAUCUGUGGGACGAAAUGUUUGAUGCCAAGCUGUGUUUGGAUCAAGCCAAGCAGUUGCCGGACCAGAUGAUGGCAUUUUUCGACGAGAUAUACCAGGAGAGCAACCAGCUCCGGGAGAUCUUCGUGGCCGAAAUAGCCGAGCUGAGGCAGGAGGCGCUGGAAUUGCAGCGCCAGCUGGGCGAGCAGCAGCAGGGUUUGCCGGCAGCGAUCGAAUCCCGCUCGCUGUUCGAACAGCGUUCCGCACUGGACGAGAGCCUCAAUCAGAUGCAGCAAAAGUUAAGCCAGCGGCACGUAAUCAUCGACGAGUAUCUGCUCGAGAUGGAAACGCUGUGUGAAGAGCUUAGCGUAGAACCACGGACACUACCGAAGGACCCACUGCCAACGGAGCGCGAACUGGUCGAGUUCCGCUCCUACCUGGACUAUCUGAUAGCGAAAAAAAUGCAGCGCCAGGAGGACAUUGGCAAUCUGCGGCGCGAAACGAAGAAGCUGAUAAGCUGCCUGCAAACGAUCUCCAUCACGAAGGAGCAACAUCGGCUGCUGAACGCGCGCAAAUUCCCGCCGACACGCGAAAACAUGCACGACCUGCGCAUGCUGCACGAGGAGGUGGCGGCGCAGUACGAAAGCUUGAAGCAGCACAUCGACGAUACGCGCCGCAAGCUGGAGCGGCUCUGGCAGUGUCUCGAAACCGAUCCCGCCAUCGUCCAGAAGUUUGGAAAGCUAACCUCCUACACGCAGACCACCUUCGACAAGCUGUCCGCCGAGCUCGACCGGUGCGACGCGUUGCGGCGGGAAAACAUGGAAGCGUUCGUGGAGCGCACCCGGUGCUACAUCAUGGAAUGGUGGGAACGGUGCAUGAAGUCGCAGGACGAGCGUGCCCAGUUCACCAUGUUCCACUCGAAGGACUACAACGAGGGUUUGCUGAAGCUGCACGAGCUCGAGCUGGACUGUUUGAAGCAGUUUUACGGCGAGAAUGAGCAGAUCUUCCAGAUGGUGCUGCAGCGGCAGGAGAUAUGGAACCGGAAGCUGGCGCUCGAAAACAAAUCGAACGACCCGACGCGCUACCACAACCGGGGAGCCAAGCUGCUGCAGGAGGAAAAGGAGCGGCGACGCAUCAGCACCCAGCUGCCGAAAAUUGAGGCCAAGCUGCUGGAGGUGUGUAAGCAGUACGAGGAAGAGCAUGGGCGUAAGUUCACCGUGUACGGUACGCCUGUGCAGGAGCUGAUCAAGCAGCAGUGGAAGCAGCUAGAGAAGUAUCAAAAAUGGAGCGCACGGAAGAAGGCGAACGGCGUGCUGGGUGUGCCGACGGUCGGGAGCACCUCGAACCGGCUCGACGAUUUGAUGGUCAAAUGCUCCUCCAUCAUGAGCAGCAAUCGGUUGCGGCUAGUGACCGGCAGUGGUUCGACGCUAAAAGCAUCGCUGACACCAUUGGUAACGGCAUCGGCCACUAAAUCAGGGCCCUGGCUGAAGCGCAAGCUGGCCACACCGACCAACAGCAAGAAGCACGCGAAACGCUCGCUGCUGCCGGAGCUAAACAGUCCUUCGGUCGUAAUCAUCAGCUCGGCGGAGAGCACCAUCAUGCAGGAAUCGGAUUGUUACGAAGAUAUUAGGACCUACUUCGACAAUAAUGUCCCCAACCGGUCAUCGUUGGUGUCGCGAAGAACACGCCUGCACCAGUAACGGAUGGUGCAACCGAUCAAACCGCUGCCUUCCGAUACCAGCUUGAUGGAGGGGGGGGGGGGGAAGAAAACCAAUGCCAAUGUAGAGCCAAUGCCACAGCAGGCCCCCAUGCUGCCACCGGUACAGAUGAGCUUCUCGCACUCACCUGCUGCUGCUGGGUCGUUGGUUUUAUUUACGCAAAAUUGCAAACUGUCUUCCGAGCGCGGACGGUGGCUGUUAAAACGCUUGCUCCAAGGAAUAGAAUUAAGGUUUUACAGAACUUGACGAUAUUAAAUUGACGAUACAAAAUCAUUUUAGUCUGUUGUUUAAGUGUAAUAAAUAUUAAAAUU